UCAUCCUCAUCAUCAUCAUCCUCAUCAUCAUCAUCAUCAUCAUCAUCACCAUACCAGCGACUACUCGGGGACGGAGAGAAGUGCGACCGCUGCUGGUGUCAAGGCCUCGACCUUGACGCGGUACGGGACGGCGCUUCGUGCGCUGCAAAGGCGCAUCGACACGCUCAGUAAGAGUCCGGGGGUCGAAUGCGAGGGCGAGGGCGAGGGCGAGGGCGAAGAGGUGGUAAGGGGGGCGUUGAUUUGCUGCACCUUGUUCUACUGCUUCGAGAGCACGCUCGGCAACAGCAAGGCGGCCAUGCGACAUCUCGACAGUGGACUGCGCGUCUUCUCCUCCAGAAAAAACAACCGGCGGAUAGCCAAUCGAAGAGACGAUUUUAUCCUGGCGGACAUGUUGGACGUCCUCGCGAGGCUCGACCUACAGGCCAGUUUCUUUGACGGCGGGCGCAUCCCGCUACUAGCGCUUGUCUCGAGCGAGGAAAGGGCCAUGGCCAUCCGUGGUGGCGAGGAAGAGCAUGCCUUUUCCGGGCUUGACGACGCACACCUCGACUCGACAAGACUGCAGAACUGGAUGUUUCAUUUGCUGUCUGAAAACGUCGAGUUUUCUGCUAAACCCGGCGCGUGUAAUGCUAUUCUCCCUCCGGCCAUCUUGGAAGAAAAGAAGCAACUGCUCAAGGAGCUCGGCGUCUGGGAGCGGCGGUUCGAACGGCUCGUUUCCGACACAAGCAAGCCAUCGGCAGCAUCCGCAUUUCUCUGCGGCGUGCAGACGCUGCUCAUCCACCACCACACCUCGCAGAUGCUGCUCCUGUCACGGCUGCCCGACGACGAGGCCGUCUUCAUCGCCGUGCCGAACCCGACCGCUCGAGACGUCAUCCGCCUGGCGCGGGCCACUGUGGAUCUCGACAAGAGCCAUGAUCAAAAUAAUCAAUCAGGGAGUGAGUCCAGCCGCCGUUUCUUUUCCGCCGAGACUGGCAUUGUCGCGCCGCUCGCCUUCCUCGCCGCCAACUGCGCCGACGAGGCCGUGUCCACGCAAGCUGUCGACCUGCUGCUGCAGUGCCGUAGAAGAGAGGGCCUGUACGACGCGCGCAACAUGGCCGCCGCCGUGGUUCAGAACACGGACGUGCUGAGGCUGAGGCAGCAGAAAAGAGAUUAACUUGGUGGGAGAGACAAAUGGAAACGCCGGGCUAGCGCUAGCACAGUCGCCGGGCAGCGCCAGCACAGUCGCCGGGCAGCGCUAGCACAGUCGCCGGGCAGCGCCAGCAUAGUCGCCGGGC